AAUGAAACAAUCAAUUAAAGAAAGUGGAAGAAGAACAUAUUCAUAUAAUAACGGAGUCCUUGCUAAGCAUCCAAAAACGGAAGAUUGGCUUGUAAUUUAUCCACAUAGAGAUCAAGAACAAAUAAGUAAACCUCCAAUAGUUUUAGAUAAUUCAAAGAGCAUUAUCCGUUACAGUGACCCAGAAUACAAGAUGUUUAAGAAAUUAUUUCAAAGCACUGAAAUAGCUAAAGCAUAUAAAAACUUUCGGCCUACUUAUCCCGCCUCUGUGACUAGUUUCAUAUUACAAUAUAUUGAUGAAAAGCUGACUCUUCCAGAGUCUAGAAGAAUUGCAGUAGAUGUUGGCUGCGGUUCUGGUCAGAGUACAGAAUUAUUAGCAUCCCAUUUUCAAAAGAUAGUUGGUAUAGAUAUAAGCGAAGCUCAAAUAACUGUGGCAAAGAAAGAAAAUAAGUUUAAACAUAUUGAAUACAAGGUUGGUAGUUUUGAUCAACUUCCUUUCGAAGAUAGCUCGGUAAGUCUUGUUUAUGCUGGAAUUGCCGCACAUUGGUUCGAACCAAUUGAGAAUUUUUAUAAAGAGGUUGAUAGGAUUCUAAUACCUGGAGGUUGUUUAUUAUUAUUUGGCUAUUCUGAAAGUCAUAUUAAAAGUUUUUCUGAUGAAUUAAACAAAGACCUUGAUCAAUUAUUGGAAAAAUUUUCUGAAUCGAUUGAUAAAUAUAAAACACCAAAAUUCGAAAUUGUUCGACUAGGCUAUAAAAAUUGGAAAAUACCUUUCGAUGACUCUGGAAGAAACGAUUCGUUAAAAUUGCAAAAAGAAAUGACACUUGAAUCCUACUCUGGAUAUUUGAGUUCUUGGUCACCUUAUAGACAAUUUCUAGCAAAGGAAUCAUCAGAUCCUCUUCAAGAUUUUUGUCUAAAGUGA